AUGUUCUCCGUCGUCAUCCCCGGCCGGCCGUGUCUGACAGACAUUGUCGCCGUCGACAGCCAACCAAACGGCCAAGCAACCAAGUUUGCCUUCACACUCCCUCUCAGCCCAUCCUUCGCCGAACUCGUUGUCUUCCUCCUCCCCGGCACAGUCCUCCCACCAAACACCGGCGCUGCGAUCUACAUCCAGCUGCCAGACCCAAACACGGGCAACCCAACCGACUUCCGUUUCAUCGGCGCGCUAGCAAACGAGAAACCCUCCGGCAUCUUCAAGAUCCAAGCACCUUCACAAGCAAACAAUGGCCUCAGCCGCAGCGAAGCCGAACAAGAAGACGCGAUGCUCGACGAAGGCUCCGCAGGCAACACAAUCCCUUCAAACGGCAUCGCAACGCUAGGAAUCUCAAUCGAGCCCAUCCAGAACAUCGCGCCUCAGCUCUCAGCGCUAGAAGCAGAGCGCGCAUCCACCUCCACCGCGCUAACCCUCCAAACCCCCGAACAGCGCCAACAAAAGCAGAUCUCAACCAAGAUGCUAGCGCAGCGGAUCAUCGGCAGCGCAUUCAAUUUCCUCGCCAGCUUUGCCGAGAGCGAUCCUGCUCACAAGGGCCACGAGGUGGUCCCUUUGAAAAGCUUCCGGGAUUGGUGGACCAAAUUCGAGCGACGCAUUGAUAUGGAUCCCACGUUCUUGGAGCGCGCGGACCCCAAUGCGACGUAA